GAAGCGUACAUGUCUGGCAAGGGCAGCAGCGCAGCUGGCCUGACGGCCUCGGUCAUGAGGGACCCUUCGUCCCGGAACUUCAUCAUGGAGAGCGGAGCCAUGGUCCUGACUGAUGGGGGAGUUGUGUGCAUUGACGAGUUUGACAAGAUGCGAGAAGACGACCGCAUGGCCAUCCACGAGGCCAUGGAGCAGCAAACCAUCUCCCUCGCUAAGGCUGGGAUCACCACAACCCCGAACUCCCGCUGCUCCAUCCUGGCUGCCGCCAAUUCCGUGUUCGGCUGCUGGGACGAGACCAAGGGGGAGGACAACACCGACUUCAUGCCCACCAUCUUGUCCUGUUUCGACAUGAUCUUCAUCGUCAAGGACAAGCACAAUGAGGAGAGGGAUGUGAUGCUGGCCAAACACGUCAUCACACUGCAUGCGUGUGCGCUCACGCAGGCGCAGGCCGUGGGGGAGGAGAUCGACCUGCCCAAGCUGAAGAAGUUCAUUGCCUACUGCCUGACGAAGUGCGGCCCACGACUGUCAGCAGAGGCUGCACAGAAGCUCAAGAACCACUACAUCCUCAUGCGGAGCGGGGCCCGCCAGCACGAGAGGGACAGUGACCGCCGCUCCAGCAUCCCCAUCACCGUGCGGCAGCUAGAAGCCAUCCUGCGCAUCGCUGAGGCCCUCAGCAAGAUGAAGCUGCAGCCUUUCGCCAGGGAGGCCGACGUAGAGGAGGCUCUGAGGUUCUUCCAGGUAUCCACAUUGGAUGCUGCUUUGUCCGGCACCCUGUCGGGGUGGAGGACUUCAUCAGCCAGGAGGACCAGGAGAUGCUGAGCCGCAUCGAGAAGCAGCUCAAGCGCCGCUUCGCCAUUGGCUCGCAGGUGUCAGAGCACAGCAUCAUCCAGGACUUCAUCAAGCAGAAAUACCCGGCACACGCCAUCCACAAGGUGCUGCAGCUUGUGCUGCGAAGGGGUGAGAUCCAGCACCGCAUGCAGCGGAAGGUCCUCUACCGCCUCAAGUGAGCCUGUGCCCGCCCUCCCCGCCGGCUCCCCUGCGCC